AUGAAUCCUGACCGCUCAUUCAAUUUAAAGAAGAUCAAAUCUGAAGCAUCCAAAUCAAGCACAAAUGUAACACCUGACAAGCAAAGAGCUUUAAGGUCUAGAUCCUAUUACUUCUUCUUCAAGUUUCUCAAGUUCCCUUCAAUGGCUGUCACUGAUGAAUCAGAAACAGUUUUGGAGGCUGCUUCUCCAUCCUCCAUUCAAUCUCUUCAACCCACACUCACAAAUGAUAGCUCCCAUCCAUUUUACCUUCACCCCUCUGAUUCACCUGGGAUGAUCCUUGUCAACUCCAUCUUUGAUGGAAAGAGUUAUGGAGGUUGGCGUAGGGCAGUCCUCAUAGCCCUGUCAGCCAAAAAUAAGCUGGAAUUUAUAGAUGGCACAAUCAGUGAACUAGCCCCUGUUUCACCCUCUUUCAAGGCAUGGAAUCGUUGCAAUGAUAUGGUAAUAUCAUGGUUUCUCAAUUCUCUUUCAACGGAAAUUGCUGAGAGUGUCCUUUAUUCCAAAACUGCUAAAGAGAUCUGGGAAGAGCUGGAAGAUAGGUUUGGACAAAGCAAUGGAGCUUUGCUUUACCAGCUGCAAAAGGAGCUCAGUGAUUUAGUUCAAGGAACUUCAGAUGUAGCAGGAUACUAUACUAAGUUCAAAAAAAUCUCAGAUGAGUUGGACAACAUUGAUACCUGUGUUCGUUGUAGUUGUGACUGCUCUUAUGGAGGCAAGAGUAGAUCUCUAAAGUCUCAGCAAAAUGGAAGGCUUAUUCAGUUCCUUCAGGCUUAUUCAGUUCCUGAUGGGACUGAAUGA